UUGAGCCGCGGACAGGCGAUUAAUAGAACAGUCAUAUUAUACUGCAUUGCAGAACAGAGGUUAAUAAGGUAGUGAGACAUUUUGGUCUGUUUUGUGUUAAAUUUGAUUUGGAAAUUAGUAAAUAUAAAUUUAAAAAAUGGCUGAUGAAGAUGUUGCUGCUUUGGUUAUAGACAAUGGAUCCGGUAUGUGUAAAGCUGGAUUUGCCGGCGACGACGCCCCAAGAGCUGUGUUUCCAUCCAUUGUUGGCAGACCCAGACAUCAGGGUGUGAUGGUCGGUAUGGGACAGAAGGACAGCUAUGUCGGUGAUGAGGCCCAGAGUAAGAGAGGUAUCCUAACAUUGAAAUACCCAAUCGAACACGGUAUUGUCACCAACUGGGAUGAUAUGGAGAAAAUUUGGCAUCACACUUUCUACAAUGAACUCCGUGUUGCCCCAGAGGAACAUCCCGUACUUCUCACAGAGGCCCCGCUUAACCCAAAGGCCAACAGAGAAAAAAUGACCCAAAUUAUGUUCGAAACCUUCAACACCCCAGCCAUGUACGUCGCCAUUCAAGCUGUAUUGUCACUGUAUGCUUCCGGUCGAACCACGGGUAUUGUGAUGGACUCUGGUGACGGUGUUUCACACACAGUACCAAUCUAUGAAGGGUACGCCCUCCCCCACGCAAUUCUGCGUUUAGAUCUCGCCGGUAGAGAUCUCACUGACUAUCUUAUGAAGAUCCUUACAGAGCGUGGUUACUCCUUCACCACUACUGCUGAAAGAGAAAUUGUAAGAGAUAUUAAAGAAAAAUUGUGCUAUGUUGCCCUAGACUUUGAACAAGAAAUGCAGACAGCUGCUUCUUCAAGCUCACUGGAGAAAAGCUAUGAACUUCCUGACGGUCAGGUUAUCACCAUUGGUAACGAGCGUUUCCGUUGUCCAGAGGCCGAGUUCCAGCCAUCUUUCCUUGGUAUGGAAUCCGCAGGUAUCCACGAAACAACGUACAACAGUAUCAUGAAAUGUGACGUCGACAUUCGCAAAGAUUUGUACGCGAACACCGUGUUGUCCGGCGGUUCCACAAUGUUCCCAGGUAUAGCUGAUCGUAUGCAGAAGGAAAUCACAGCCCUUGCUCCUUCAACCAUGAAAAUCAAGAUCAUUGCUCCACCAGAGAGGAAAUACUCUGUAUGGAUCGGUGGUUCUAUCCUGGCUUCACUGUCCACCUUCCAACAAAUGUGGAUCAGUAAACAAGAAUAUGACGAAUCUGGACCAUCAAUCGUACACAGAAAAUGUUUCUAGAUCAAAUAUUACUGACUUAAUUACAAUAAAUGAAAUUACAAUUUAAGAAUUUUAUUCGCGUUCUGAAUUUAUUAGCAAUAAAGAACACAAACGAUAUUUUCUGAAUACAACAAAACAAUUUGUUCGGAGCUAAAUCGGCCAAUUUAAAACAAUAAAGAUAAAUAAAACGUACGAAGUAGA